CUCAGGCACGGGUCCGUACUCCAGCGUGGUGAAGAUCUCUCGGGUGCUGCGCUGUGCGUGCGUCGCAGCCAUCACUCGCCCGGACCGCUUUCCACGAAGGAGUGCGGGGCGCUCUGCCCAGAGGAACCUUGAGGGCCAUGGCGGACUCGAAGCUGCUGGUGCCCGAGCUAAGCGAGGCAGAGAAGAUGGGCGCUGAGACCAUGCGUUUCGAGGAGCUACUGCGGCAGGCCUCCAAGGAGCUCCAGCAAGCCCAGACAAGCUUCCCAGAAUCCACACAGAUCCAACCUCAACCUGGUUUCUGCAUAAAGACCAACUCCUCCGAAGGGAAGGUUUUCAUCAACAUCUGUCACUCUCCUUCCAUCCCUCCUCCGGCUGAUGUGACUGAGGACGAGCUGCUUCAAAUGCUGGAGGAAGACCAAGCCGGGUUUCGCAUCCCCAUGAGCCUGGGAGAGCCUCAUGCAGAACUGGACGCAAAAGGCCAGGGUUGUACCGCCUACGACGUAGCGGUGAACAGCGACUUCUACCGGAGGAUGCAGAACAGCGAUUUCUUGCGGGAGCUCGUGGUCACCAUCGCCAGGGAGGGCCUUGAGGACAAAUACAGUCUUCAGCUGAAUCCAGAGUGGCGCAUGUUGAAGAACCGACCUUUCCUGGGCUCCAUCUCCCAGCAAAAUAUCCGCUCCCAACAACGUCCUCGGAUCCAGGAGCUGGGAAACCUGUACACUCCCGACUCCCUGAGACCUGAGGAAGGCCCUGAGAAGCCUCACCUGAACCUUUGGCUGGAAGCCCCUGACCUCCUCUUGGCUGAAAUUGACCUCCCCAAACUGGAUGGAGCUCUGGGGCUGUCGCUGGAGAUUGGGGAGAACCGGGUAGUGUUGGGGGGCCCCCAGCAGCUGUACCAUCUGGAUGCCUAUAUCCCCCUGCGGAUCAACUCUGAGGAGAGCAAAGCAGCCUUCCAUAGGAAGAGAAAGCAAUUGAUGGUGGCCAUGCCCCUCCUGUCGGUGUCUUCUUGACCUGCUUUCUUUCUGUGCUUCUAAGUGGAGAGAAGAGGCUGGUGGCUUCUCUAAAACGGAAAUAAAAGAUGUUUGCCUUUG